AAAAACACCACGUACGUCUACAGCCUCUCUCAAUCUCUCUUUGAAGGUUGUAAUUCUCUUCUGGGUCCUCAGAUAGUCAACACGGGUAGUCAUCUUGAAUCUUGAAGCAAUCCAUAAUAUAUAUAAGUUUGGAUUGAUCUGAAGUUUUCUCCCAUGGGAAAGCUUAACUUGAAAAAAAAAGAUGGGGUUGUGAGAUCAAUUUCAGAUUCACCACCAACUCAUUACUCCCUAGAAAUUCAGUUGUUUUCGUUGCUCAGUGCAAAGUACUCAGAGAAUGGAUAUGAAUCAAAGGUGUUUAAAGCUGGAGGAUACAAAUGGAAACUGGUGUUUCACCCAAAUGGAAACAAAAAGAGGAAUGUAAAAGACCACAUCUCCCUCUACUUGGUAACAGUUGGAGUUGCAGAUGAUUCACUAGAUAGUAAUUGGGAAGUAUAUGUUGAUUUCAGAUUGUUUCUGCUCGAUCAGAAUAAGCUAAACUACUUGGUUUUUGAUGAUGCUUCUACAAAGAAGACAUGCAUUCAUGGGGCGAUGCGUAGUGUGGGUUUCGAUAAACUUAUCCCUCUUAAAGAAUUUACUGAUGUUUCCAAUGGAUUUCUGGUCGACGACACAUGUGUGUUUGGAGCUGAGGUCUUUGUUUGUAAAGAAAGAAGAAAAGGCAAAGGUGAAUGCCUAGAAAGGAUGAAAAAACCCUCUGUAUGCAAACAUGUUUGCAAGGUUGAGAAUCUUUCAAAGUUAGGCGCUGGAGGUUAUCGCUCUGAACCAUUCACUGCUGGGGGAUAUAAUUGGAAGGUAGUGCUUUAUCCUGAUGGAAAUGGCGAUGGCACGGGUAGUCAUCUUUCUCUGUUUUUGGAAUGUGCUGGUCAUCCCCUUCCCACUGGCUGUGAACUACUUGUGGACUUUAAAUUAGGCGUCCUAGAUCAAAUUCAUCAUCAGCAUCAUCAUACUUAUAGUGGUAAAGAUUGGCCUAAUGUUUUGUAUAACAAUGGCAAUGGGUUUUUGAAGAAUGACGCUUGCUUUGUGGAAGCAGAGGUGACCGUCCAUGGACUUUCUAAAUCACUGUAG